AUGUCAGCAAUUUUAGGUGCCCCUUUUGACCCCAAACUCACAGGUCUUUUGCUUGUAGCCCUUCGGUACUACCCAGAUAAAUUGCGAUCUAUUGUACCGACCAAGAUUCAGCCAUAUAUUUAUUCUCCCGCCUUCAUUCGAGCAUUGAAAGUCCUCCUCGUUUUGGGUAUUGUACGCGGGGUCAAUAACAAGUUAUCUCAGCUUGUGUUGAAUAAUUGGAAAAGCAAUGCGAAAUUUAUUAAGAGUCAGGAGGUUGUCUUAAUUACGGGUGGUUCGAGUGGGAUAGGAGAAUCAAUGGCAAGAGAGUUCUCAUCUAAAGGGGUUAAGGUUGUGGUAAUGGAUGUGAACCCUCCAAAGAUGCCAUUUCCAUCAAACGUCUUCUAUUAUCGAGUUGAUAUAACAUCACCAUCCCAAAUUGCCUCUGCAGCUUCCGAAAUAAGGAAAAGUCAUGGAGAUCCUACCGUGCUCAUUAACAAUGCCGGAAUUGGUACUCUCAUGCCCAUUCUAGAAGGCAGUGAAGCACAAACCCGAAAGACAUUCGAGGUUAAUACAGUAUCCCAUUUCUUCAUGGCUAGAGAAUUCGUCCCGGCGAUGAUCCAGAAGAACCAUGGUCACAUAGUGACGAUUGCCUCUUUAGCAAGUUACCUAGUGCACGCUGCCAAUGUAGAUUACUCCUGUUCAAAAGCAAGUGCUCUCGCGUUUCAUGAAGGACUUGCAUCAGAACUGAAAGCUCUAUACAACGCGCCCAAUAUUCGAACCACUGUUGUCAAUCCAGGAUGGGUUCGGACACCAUUGGCCGAGGAUGUUAUCUCGCAAGCCAGCUUCAAAGGUCCAUAUCUCCAACCUGAAACCAUUUCUAAUGCUGUUGUUGAUCAAGUGUUGGCGGGAAGAAGUGGCCAAAUCAUCUUACCUAAGAAUAUGAGCAUCUUAGGCACAAUCCGAGGAUGGCCAUGGUGGCUCCAAACCUCGGUGCGAAAUAUGAUAGCUCGAGAAUUGAACUUUGGUCAAACGCAGUCUGACCCGGCAGUAUAA